AUGGAUACGCUGCGCCAAAAGAUUUCAGAGCUUUUUAAUAAUUCCUCGACAGCAACUCAAGAGGUUAUAUUAACUCCCAAAAAUGUAGAGACCCCAGAAGAAGAAGCCAAAACAUCGGAUGUUUCGAAUCAGGAAACUGGGAAGCCAGACGACCAAUCUCCAUCCGAUACCUCGACGGAACCCAUAACCUCUGGUGAUCUGCCAACCCCUGAUCUCAAGUUGCAAAAGUUCACGCAGCAAAAAGCCCCUCCCUUAAAUUACGAACUGGAAUUCGUUGACUUUGUGGAUCGCAAUGCUCCCAAGGGUUUCUCAAAAAAGAUAAUGGAUAUGCUGCCCUAUUUGCAAGUCAGCUUCUUAUCUUGGCCAGCUUUUUGGAUUUGGCGGGGAUACAAUUGGCAAUCUAAAAGGAAAACCGAGAGAAUUGCUCUUUAUAUUCAAAGGACCUAUCAGCAGGCCAAACUUAUGCAGUUUGCCAUCUUGGCCACUGGUUUUUUAACCGUUUCAAUGGGUCAAACUGCCGGUUUCCCUAUUAAAUUGGAAAAAGUUCAUCAUGACAAGUCCGAAGAGGAUGAUAUUGAAGAUUCCUCUUAACUCAGUUAUUACAGCAAUCUAAAGGAGAAAAUCCUGAAGAUCACAAAAAAAGAAGAACCAACCAAGGAACUGGUGAACCCUCCUCAAAGGCAUAAUCUUGGCGAGGAGAUACGUCUAUUGG